GGAAGUUUAAAAAUAGGUAAUCUAUCCUUUCACUCUUCUUUGCUUGGUUCAUGUCUUGAUGUAACAGUAGCUGUAAGUCUGGGAAGGGAGACUCCCCAGACCACUAAGGACUUGGCAGAGUGUAUGCACAUACUUGUAAGGGCCAGCUGUGUGCACUCACUGUGUCCAAGUUCUGGCUGAGGCCUCCCUGUCCUGGACUACAGUGAGGAUGGAUGCUGCGCACAGGGGUCUAAACUGGCUGUAGUGUGAGAAUGUGUGUGGACAUCUGCUUUGAAUAUCCUCAGUCCAAGGUGGGCACAGACAUUUGCAAGGACAUGGAGGGCACAAUUAGCAGGAGAGACCUGGGGUUUUUGGACUCCUCGCAUGACACAAUGUGAGUGGGCAUUACUGGCCUCUGUCGGAACACCUGCAGUCUAUCCAAGUGUGUCACAGUUCUACUCCCACACUAUUCUAUAGACUGUUCUUGGAAAAUCCACUAAAGCAUUCCUAUAGUUGCCGACAGCCUUAUCCCACCCCCACACUUGAACACUCAUUCUCCGGUUAAAAAGCUAUGUUACUUAUGUUUCUGUAGCAGUUUAGUGAACUUAAAGCAAUCUGAGAAAAGAGACACACACAAAAAGUAAUCCAUCAAAAUGAGAAGCAGAAAAUAACAGGGAAAGUGCUUUCUUCUCUUCCAUUAUUCAUUCACACUUUGAUCUAAAAAAAAGCCAUAGUUGAGACCAAUCUAGUUAGGCUUUAUAUUGUGGGGCAGCAGUGACUCGACAUUGGGUAUCAGAGAAGCAGAGUAAGUAAGGAUGGUGUCUGUGUGUAGUGUAAUGGGAUGGGGAUCGGGGGUAGUAGCAGCAACAGGAGAUAAGUUGCAUGCAGGGAAGCUGAUCAAAUAAGGAAACAAAGAGAGGAUAAUGGGAGCCUGUGAUACUGCAGUAGCAUGAGUACACCUAGCUCCCAGAUCUUGGUUUCUAAAUACUAUUCUCUUCCAACAGGAACCAGGGCUCUCUGAGAAAUGGCUGACUUUAGGACUGGUACAGAGGUAGUACAAGUGCAGAGCGCACAGAUCACUAUGACCCAUGCCCAGUUAAUGAAGCUGAAGAGAACCAGCCCCAUCUCCAGGGGGUGACUGGCCUGCGGAACCUGGGCAACACAUGCUACAUGAACGCCAUCUUACAGUGUCUUUGCAGCAUCUCACCACUGGUGGAAUACUUUCUCUCGGGAAAGUACAUUAACGCUCUUCAAAAGGACUGCAGCGAGGUUGCCACUGCUUUUGCAUAUGUGAUGACAGACAUGUGGCUUGCAGAUUGUGACUGUGUCUCACCAGAAAUAUUUCGGUCAGCUCUUGGCAACCUCUACCCAGUAUUUAUGAAAAAGACGCAGCAAGAUGCUCAGGAAUUCUUGAUUUAUGUUCUGAAUGAACUUCAUGAAGCUCUGAAAAAGUACCACCGGAGAAAAUCAUAUGAAAAAAGAUCCAUUCCAAGAUACUGCAGGAAGAUGAUCGCCAAUGAAUCCUCCAUCAUCACCCGGCUGUUUGAAGGGCAGCUCAGUUAUAGCAUCGUAUGUUUAAAGUGUGAGAACUGCACCUACAAGAACGAAGUUUUCACCAUCAUCUCCCUCCCCAUUCCAUCCAAAUAUGAGUGCUCUCUUCAGGACUGUCUCCAGUGUUUUUUUCAACAAGACACAUUGACCUGGAAUAACCAGAUUCACUGUUCCUUUUGUGAAACCAAGCAAGAGACAGCUGUGAGGGCCACUAUUUCCAAAGCACCAAAAACAAUUGUCUUUCACCUAAAAAGGUUUGACAUUCUGGGUACAAUGAAAAGGAAACUGAGGACAGAUAUUCAUUACCCGCUCACUAACUUGGACCUUACUCCUUACAUUUGUCCAAUUUUUCGGAAACAUCCUAAAUAUAACCUCUGUGCAGUGGUGAACCACUUUGGGGAUCUGGAUGGUGGCCACUACACUGCUUUCUCCAAGAACUCAGUGACCCAGGCCUGGUACAGCUUUGAUGACACACGAAUCAGUGAGAUUCCAGAUACUUCAGUCCAAACUGCUGCAGCAUAUCUCCUGUUCUACAGCUGUCAGCCCUUUUCUAUACCUACACAAAAAUGCAAGAGCUAAGAAAAUGGUGUUUCUGAAAAUUGCAAAACUAGCAGUAAGAACCUGGUACUUAAGUUUUGCUUUGUCAUUAAAAGUCUUGCAACUUA